GCCUGUAGCAAAGUUGCAAUUUGAGUUCAUUAUUGUAUUGUGUUCGUUGUGUUAUUGUUGAGUUUCGUUGGUUGUGCAUUUAGAAUAAUUUUUUAUUUGAGAAUCUUUGAAUUUGGAUUUCUAUUUCGUUUUUAAGAAAAAAAAUUAAGCAAAGUGACUUUCGAAAGUCGGUAAAUUAUCUGUAAUACGAAUUUAAUGAAAAUCGAUAGGAGAAAUAAGCUGGGUAAAUUGUUGAAAUCGGAAGGAAUGUAAUGAAAGAAGAAGAUGCAGAAAAAGUAUGGUUAUAUUUACGUUUUGAAAUUUGUUAUAAACAUAACGUAUGCUUAGAGUGUAAUUAUUAAUAAUAAAAAUUAUUUAUAAUUAAAAAUGAAGCUGUACUGCUUAAGUAACGAUCCUAAUAAGCCCUGUCACAUUUUAACUUUUCGUGAGAUAACCAUGAUGUUGGAUUGCGGUCUUUCAAUGCAAUCUCUUUUAAAUUUUUUACCGCUUUCGUUCGUACCUUCCAACAAAUUGUCGAAUUUACCAAACUGGAUGCCGAGCGAUACGAUAGACCCCGAUUUAGAAGGCGAGCUGAAGGAAAACGGCGAUAGGGCGUUCGUAGAUUCACCACCCGAAUUUUGUCCACCUUUAGAUAAAUUGAUAGAUUUUUCUCAAGUAGAUGUCAUAUUAAUUUCUAAUUAUUUAUGUAUGAUGGCUUUACCGUUCGUAACGGAAGGUACGGGCUUUAAGGGCACUAUUUACGCUACUGAACCAACUUUACAAUUCGGAAGAUUACUUUUAGAAGAAAUAGUUCUUUAUAUCGAACAAUGUCCCAAAUAUAAUUUCGCUUCGCAAUGGAAAAAUUUCAUAAGUAAAUGUCCCUAUCCCUUAAAUGAAGCUUUCAAACCAAAAUCUUGGAAACAAAUUUAUAAUAAAAGUAAUGUCAACUCGAGUUUAUCUAAAAUACAAAUGGUGGGAUACAACGAAAAAAUCGACGUAUAUGGAGCGCUACAAGUAAUUCCAGCUAGUUCAGGUUUGUGUUUAGGUUCGGCCAAUUGGAUAAUUAGUACUGAACAUGAAAAAAUUGUUUAUUUGAGCGGGUCUAGUACAUUAACCACACAUCCGAGACCAAUGGAUCAUCACGCUUUAAAAAACGCCGAUGUCUUAAUAAUGACAGAUUUAACUCAAACUCCAAUCAGUAAUCCGGAUUCUAUGUUGGGAGUACUUUGUGUCGUCGUUGGUUUAACGUUGAGAGGCGGCGGUAACGUACUCAUACCCUGUUACCCUACAGGCGUAGUUUACGAUCUUUUCGAAUGUCUUUCUGGCAAAAUGCAAGAAUUGGGUGUAUCAAAUUGUCCGAUGUUUUUCGUAUCUCCGGUAGCCGAUAUGUCUUUAGCGUAUUCUAAUAUUAUGGCCGAAUGGUUAUCAUCAGUUAAACAGAACAAAGUUUAUUUACCAGACGAACCGUUCCCACACGGUUUAUUAGUAAGAAAUAACAAAUUGAAACAUUUCAAACAUAUUUUUUCCGAAGGUUUCAGUACCGAUUUUCAGGAGCCUUGCGUCGUUUUUUGCGGUCAUCCCAGUUUGCGAUUCGGCGACGUCGUUCAAUUCAUUGAACUCUGGGGUAACAAUCCACGUAAUUGUAUCGUCUUUACAGAACCGGAUUUCGAUUAUAUCGAGGCUCUCGCUCCUUACCAACCGUUACAAAUAAAAGUGGCUCAUUGCGCAAUCGAUACUUCAUUGAAUUUUACUCAAGCCAACAAAUUGAUCAAAGACCUAAAACCGAAAACUUUGGUCGUUCCCGAAUGUUACACGCAACCGCCGGUCUCGGCGCCGAAUUUAACUGAACUAGUUAUCGGCAAUCAUAGCGAAAGUUCGGUGAUACCUUAUAAAUGGGGCGAGGUAUUGAAUUUACCUUUAAAAAGAAAACAGGGUCAAGUUUAUAUCGAUACGACGGUAGCUAGACAAAUCGUCCCCGUCGAAGUGAAACCCGGUAUCAGUCUAUCGACAGUAACGGGAUGUCUCAACGUUAAAGAUAAUGUUCGAAAUAUACAGGAAAUUAAGGAUAAUAAUGUAUCUACUAAUCAAUCUAUCAAAUACGAAUGGGGCGCCCUGAAUUCACAUGAAUUUUUACAAAAAUUAGCGCAAGAGGGUGUUACCGACGCUAAAGUCGAAUCAUUAGGAGGUAACGUCGUCGUUAUACAUUUGCAAGACGAAGAUGCACUAAUUCAAUUAGAAGACAAUAACACUCAUGUAGUUUGUAACGCAGACGAAAAUUUAAGAAUGAAAUUAAGAAAUAUAGUUAUGCAAUGUCUAAAACAAUUUUAAAUAAAAUCACUUUCCACUUUGCA